UGUAGGGAGGGCUGCAUGGGGAGCUGAAAAGACAAAACAAAAGCCACAUUUCAACCAACAGGCGCUGGUCGCUUUUUAUUUUUUGUAAACCAAAACAAAUUUGAUUCAGUAUUCAUAUCGAUUUCUGUUUAACGGCAAUAUUAAAAAAAAAAAAAAAACAUUGCAUCAUGCCCAGUAGCACGUCUUUGCUGGAGGCCGACGAGGGAGAGUCCGAGGUCCCACCGCUGCUAGUGCACGCUUUCGCCGGUAUGGGCCUUGAUGAGCACCACGGCACCCAGAGCCAGACUCUCGAGCAAGGCGAUGAAAACCUCUCCUUUCACCACCUCCACCAGCUCCCCCCGGUUUCUCAUUUAAACCUCAUCGGUACGGUGCUAGACUUGAAGCCCCUGCCUAUGCAUCGGCCGCCCUCGGGAGAUGAAGUGAACACAACGCCAGCGCCCGAGGACGAAGAGCCGGAGGUUAUAGCCGCCGUCGACUCCUCGGGUUGCACCGGGUUGCUAGCGCAGGCCCAGCGCCACCAUCACCUCCCUUCGGGGCCGGGUGGCUCCGUGGUGCCGUCCAGGAUGGAGCCGUCGCACGUCGAGACGGUCUUGUUGUACAACGGAGACGAGCAGGAUGAUACCGGGGUCGGCGGCAGCGCCCUACCACCAGCUAGCAGCAUGGCGAUGCUGCCGUCCGGUGUGUACGGGGAGUCGGGCUACGAGGCCGAACCCUCGCUGUUGAGUCGGCGAAAGAGCGUCAACACGACCGAGUGCGUGGCUGUGCCGAGCUCCGAGCACGUCGCGGAAAUUGUGGGCAGGCAGGGCUGUAAGAUUAAGGCACUUCGAGCCAAAACCAACACUUACAUUAAGACACCAGUGAGGGGCGAGCAGCCGGUCUUUGUCGUGACAGGGCGCAAAGAAGAUGUGGCCAUGGCUAAGAGGGAGAUCCUGUCUGCAGCCGAGCACUUCUCCCUUAUCAGAGCCUCUCGAAACAAGACAGGACCGCUGUCUGCUGUGACUGGUCCAGGGACUCCCACUCUACCUGGACAGACGACCAUUCAGGUGCGGGUACCCUAUCGUGUUGUUGGGCUGGUUGUGGGUCCCAAAGGGGCAACCAUCAAACGCAUUCAGCAACAGACACACACCUACAUCGUGACUCCGAGUCGAGACAAAGAGCCUGUGUUUGAGGUCACCGGGAUGCCGGAGAACGUGGACCGGGCGAGGGAGGAGAUAGAGGCGCACAUCGCCCUCCGCACUGGAACCUGUGGGGGUAUUGAGACUCCAGGUGUAGACAACAAUGACUUUCAGUUCAACGGGACAGACGUGAGCUUCGAGAGUUCUGCAGCACCAGUCGGGUUGGGGGAGGCUGGGUGGCUUCAUACAGGUGCAUCGUCACCGGGUGGUGGUGGUGGUGGUGGUGGCUUGCUGCCAGUGAGCAUCAACGGUACUCAGCGAAUCAAUAGCAAUAUAAACAGUGGUGUCAGGAUGUCUUCCACCUACCGCAAUGACAGCUCCAGUUCCCUGGGCAGCGGCUCCAGUUCAGCUGAUUCUUUCUAUGGCAGCGGGAAUGGUAAUCGCUUGGCAGAUUUCAACCCGACCUCUCCGUUUAAUGCCAAUGCUAACAACAACAACAACAUUAAUGCUGGCAGUACAACUUUAUGGUUUGGCGAGAACCUUCUUCCUGUGGGGUCUGAGGAGCUGGUCAGCCUGGGAGGUGGAGGCUCCUCCUCAGGGUUUGACCCAUUAACCAUCUCCACUGCCCAAGCCUCGCUCCCUGCCGCACAGCCACACAUCUGGAGCCCGUUUGUGGACCACCAGCCCCUCCAGGCCUUUGAUGUUCUUCAGUCUCAGACCAGUCAACCUGGGACGCCCCGGCUCUCUCCAACCUUCUCUGGGACGGAAGCCUUGGAGCACCCUCAUGCCCAGCGUGUUCACCGAGGCCCCUUUGGCUCAGCUGGGACCCUUGAUGCCCACAGGUUCCCCUCUUACAGCUCGGCCUUCUCCUCUUCCAGUGAAAGCACCGCCUCCUCUUCCUCCCCUCCUGAAUCCUCCCUCUCCUUUCGACCGGGGCUCGGGUCAGCGGCAGGGAGAGGACAGGAGAUAUGUAUGCACUGUAUGGAUAACCAGGUGAUCGCUGCCUUGGUUCCCUGCGGCCAUAACCUCUUCUGUCUAGAUUGUGCCACCCAGAUAUGCCAGGGUCCAGAAGCUGUGUGCCCUGUGUGCACGUCCCCGGUCACACAGGCCAUUCAGCUCCGCAACAUGUGAUUUUUUUUUUAAUCCAUUUACCUUGAUGGCUGAUGAGGGAUCGGCCUCCCCAACACUACCAAUUCAUAAUGUGUGUGUGGGGGAAAUUACAAAACUGACCCCAAAUCAGUGUCUAAGGUGUGUCCUCACCCCAGUUUUGUCCAAGCUGGUGUUGACAAAGGUGAGGAAGAAUAGGUGAAUAAGGAAUGAUCUGUAUUUAGGGCAUGGGUUUGAGUCUUCAGCCCAUUCAUGUGCCUGCUAUUGUGAAGUCUUCUUCCUUGAUUGAUUGAGUGAUCAAUGGGAGGGUUGGAAGCCCUCUAUGUAGCAUCGGGUGGGGUGGGAAGGGAUAUAUCUAUAUAUUUUUUUCUCAUCAUAAUUUUCGUUUUGCAUUUUCUUCUCCCUGAAACAUCUAGUUAUCAGUUUUUGCCUACCUAUAUUUUACUGAUUUUUUUUUAAAAGUCCUUUGAACUCUUAGAAAUCUAUAUUGAACUCCAUUAGAUACACAAUGUUUUUUUUUGUCUACAUCUCAAAAGUUUUUUAAAAACUUUUGCUGCUACAGUUGUUUUUAUGUGCUGAAAUGUGGCCCAACUCCUUUGCCUCUCAAUUAUUGUGCUCAUGGCAGGAAACUGAGGAAAAAAAAAAAGAGGUGAGCAUGUUUACAUAUAGUGAGUCCCACGUAUGAAUAUGCAUAAAUUAAUAGUAUUCCCCUUGUUACCACAGCAUUCGAAUGCCUACCACAGUAAACUGGAUAUGGACACACUGCAUUAUCCUGGCAAAUGCCACUCUAUCCAAGAUAAUUUGCAUUGUUAUAAUCAGGCUAUAAAAGUGUAUCUAUGCUACUUUAAAAAGGAUAUGAUGUUUACAUGCUCAAAAUUAUAAAUCAGAAUUUUUGAUAAUUGCUGAUAUUACCAGCAUAUUGAUACACAUGUAAACACACCCACAGAGUGUUUUUAAACCAAGUGGUCACUCCCCAGUGGCACCCUCUUGUUGCCACAGGUUUCUUUCUUUACCAGACUGGAACCAACAAGUGGGUAACUCCUUUUUGUAGAGUACCAGGAUGUUGCGCUACUUCAGUAUCGCCACGUUGCUUUCCAUUUCUACUUAAAAGAGAAAAAAAACUGUUUACGGUAAACUUGUGCCUAAUUCUGUUCUGAGUAAACAAAAACAAACAACUGGUUCAGCAGACACACCGUGUUGCUCUGUCUUAAAACAAACUUGUGGCCUUUUUGGAAAGCCUGUAAUUAACUGACAACACUAUCAACAAAUCCAGAUCUUGGCUUGAAAGAACACAAGCUGACAGACUGAAGUCUUAAUGUAUUUGUCUAAGUUCAAUCUCUUAAACGCAUCUCGGUGGAACAAAGAUUAUAUCACAGGGAUGUUCUCUUUUGCUUAUUUUGUUGAGCCUUUCACAAGUAUUUACCACCUACUGUUUUAUCUUUUUAAUGCAGAACACUCCCAUUUUCAUAUUUUUUCCUCUCGCUUUAUUUUAUUUUUUUUAUUCUUUUAUAUCUCGAUUACAUCCUGGUUUGGGAAACCAUGUGCUGGUUUUCAGCCAGGAAGAAAUGCACAGCUUGUACCUUUGGUAACAUUCCUCCUCCCCUGUAUUGCAGUUACUUUUGUAAAUGGUAUAAGUUUGGCCAAUUAAUACUUGAUCCUCACCUGGGAGCCAAAAAAGAUGAGAUUCUGUCAAACUAUACUGUGAAGACAGAUGUAAUCUGGAACAAAUCCCCGUACUGUACAGACAGGCUGCUGACUUUUCAGCCAUCUCAGUCGUGUCCUUUUCUUUCACUUGAAUGUUCUUUCCCUUGGAUUGCUCCACCCUGUGGCCAUCUCGUCACAGCCAUUUUGUGUCCUUGUUGGUAAGCAGUCCGCAAAAUAAUUCCAUUGGGAUGCAAAAUUUGAGAUGGCGCACCCCCUCCCCCCCAAAUCACUUUACUGUUUUUAUUUAAUCCCAUGUUUCAUCUACCAGGCCUAUGCAAAAAUCGUCUCAGUAUCCUCCAGUAGCUACUGGAGGAAGCACUAGAUAAAUUAAACUCCCUGGGUUUUAUUUACAGAUCUCAAACAAUUUUUGGACUUAAACUCCUGGACAGACAUAUCCCUUAUGUGUUUUUUUCCUACUACAUUUCAGUCGGGGUUAACCUUCAUUACCUGCUUUAAUGCACUGAAGAGAUGUUUCAAUGGUACACACUUUGCUUCUUAUGUUUCAUCGGCUCCUUCUGCUAUUGUCCUGUGCCCAGCUAAGCACAGCCUUCCCCAUACCUUAUCACACUAUUGACUGGUUGGGACUCCAGACACAUUCAGAUUUUUCGUUUGUUUGCUUGUGCAUCUGUCCACUCUUCUUCCUGGAAAGUGAAGAAAAGGUACAAAUUGGUGGAAAUCAUCUCAAAUCUUAGCUUUAAACACCAGUGUUUCUUCAGACUUUGUUUUACAGGAUUGAAUGAGUUGAUGGACUUUUCAAAGGUGAACCAGCUGGAAUGAUUUCAUCUUGGAGUGUGCCGACACUACAUAAGGUCAAUACUGUUGCUUUACUGCGUGGACUCUGGACCUCAGUCCCCCUUGCAUUCCAGCUGUGAACAGUAUUUGGGAGUUAUUUCAUCGCUUAGCCCUGUUUCUUAAAUAUCUUCUCUUACAUGGAUCUUUGAGCUUUCUUGGGGAAAUGGAACCAAAUGUGUCCCAAAAGUGCAAAAAACCCAUCUGCUUCUGCUCCCUCGGGUCUUCUAUCCGUCCUUUUAUUUUACUUCUCGCAGCUCUACAAAGGGUCGAUCUCUCUUUGCUCUCUUUCUCUCUCUGAGGGAAUGCAAUACACUGUCAGCCCUCAGUUUGACAUGAAUCUAUUGACAUUUUUGUGUGUAUGUAUUAUAUAAUAUUACUGUUAAUGACUGAUAAAUAUACAGAACUUAUUUUUAUUUUGUUACAUUUCAUAUAUAUACAUAAAUAUAUCUAUAUUAAAAUGUUUACAAUAAGAUUUUUUAAUUCUUUUUUUUUUUUUUUUUUUUACUUUUCUCUGAGUGAUAAAGUGAAUGAAGAGUUGGAAACUGAGAAAUGUUGCAGAAGAGUGUCAAUGCUAUCUGCUUGUAGUCUAGUUAUUAGUUUACAGUAUUGAUGAUAAUAGUAUUGAUAGCUGCCGUUUAACCUAGUGGAAAAUGGAAUGUGCAUCACGAGCAUGUCUUCAUAAUGUACCGCCAAUGUAAAACAUCACACUGCAACUGUAAAAAGGCCAAGGAUUCAAGCUGCCUGUCAUGUCUGUACGCCACCAAAUUAAGAACGGUAUACUGUAAAACGUAUCUUAGAUUAUCUAUAUAUAAAUACAUAUGUUGUUAAGCUGUACCAACAGUUCAAAGUAUUUGCUAAUUUUACUACACUUUUGUUAUGUAUAUGUGGGGGGAGUCUUAUGGCAUAUAAAUUCUUCAAAUUGAGUCAGGAGUUUAAAAGCAGACUAUAUUUUAUAACGGCCUUUUAAGUUAUUGCGGCCAAAGCACUGAUAUUAUAUAUUUGCUGUAAAGAGAAUUUAAGAGUUUUAUUUUUCUGAUAUUAAAGUUACUUAAUAAAGACUGUUUCAUUUA